AUGCAACUAUUACGCGUCGCCUCGACUAUGUCUUGCCAAGGAUCAUAUUCGGGCCCCGGGGACGAGUAUGACUUCGAGGACGAUGGGUACGACGACCUGGACGAAUACAGGGACAGAGACGACACGUUACCAGCAGCACCUCCAGUCGAGGACAGUGACGAAGACACAGAAGAAGCGAGUGAGACAGACAUACCCCACAAUGAUGAGCCACUGGAAGUUAAAGAACAAUUAUACCAAGAUAAAUUGGCUAACUUGAAGAAACAGCUGCAGCAGCUCGAGGAUGGCAUUCACCCAGAGUUCUUGAGGAGGGUCAAGCGGCUAGAACAUCAACUAAAUGAGAGGAUCAGAAUAAAUAAAAUAUAUAGGGAACACAUGUAUGAUGUAGUUGAAAGAGAAUACAUAGCAGAGAAGAAAGCAGCAGCAAAAGAGUUUGAAGAAAAGAAGAUAGAGUUAAGGGAAAAUUUACUAAAUGACUUCGAGGAUAAGAGGAAAAUGAUUGAGAGUGAGAGGCAUAGUAUGGAGCUGAAUGGAGAUUCUAUGGAGGUAAAACCAGUGAUGAAGCGAAUUCUUAGACGGCGAGCGAAUGAGCCAGCGCCUGCGCCUGAGAAACGUCGGAAGCCCCUCACGACAACGCUCACGUUCCAAUUGGAUGAGCGAGACAUCGAGGCAGACCUCCGCGCCAUCUCGCGGCAUUCCCCGCCACCCAGGCAUCACGCGCCAGCGCACAACUCCACGCAACCCAGGAAGCAUUUAAAUUCUAAUAGUUGUGAUUCACCAGUUCGAGACAGCGGUGAGACAACGGAGACGCGAGUGGAGGAUGGCAAGCUGCUGUAUGAGCGUCGAUGGUACCAUCGUGGCCAGAGUGUGUCAGUGGAGGGACGGGAUAUGCCCAAGUUCCCUGGACAUAUACACGCCAUUACUGAUGAGGCGAUAGUGGUAAAAAAGAACAACGUGGAGCGAGUACGGAUAUACAUAUCUCAGUUAGCUCGCGGCAAAGUAACAUUAAAGCGGAGAGCUUCAUAG